AUGUCCAUUUCUGGGACUCUUAGCAAUUAUUAUGUCGACUCUAUUAUAAGUCAUGACAGUGAAGAUUCGCCUUCAGCUAAAUUUUCAACUGGGCAAUAUACAAGUUCCAGGCAAGCUGGACAUAAUGAUCAUCUAGAAUUCCCCUCUUGUAGUUUCCAGCCAAAACCUCCAGUUUUCAGCGCCUCCUGGACUCCUUUGAAUCCACAUUCUUCUGGUACCCUUCCUUCGGUCUAUCAUCCAUAUAUUCAACAUCAAAGCGUCCCUUCUGAUAGCAGGUAUCUACGAAGCUGGCUGGAUCCAGUGCCCAGAACAGAGAACAUACCCGGGCAGGGAUCAGUUAAAUCAGAGCCUCUGCUGGGGCACCCCGGGGAAGUCCAUAAACCAGGAGCACAGGAGUACAAUUUAGAAACUUCUGCUGGAAGGGAAGCGAUCGUUUCCAAUCAAAGGCCCAGCUUCGAGGACAAUAAAGUUUGUGAAGGAAGCGAGGACAAAGACAGGCCAGAUCAAACCAACCCAGCGGCCAACUGGCUCCAUGCCCGCUCCUCCAGAAAAAAAAGAUGCCCUUACACCAAAUACCAGACCCUGGAGCUAGAGAAGGAGUUUUUGUUCAAUAUGUACCUCACCAGGGACCGUAGACACGAAGUGGCCAGACUCCUCAACCUGAGUGAAAGACAAGUCAAAAUCUGGUUUCAGAACCGAAGGAUGAAAAUGAAGAAAAUGAACAAGGAACAGGGCAAAGAAUAA